GUUUAUUCGAUCAAAACAGUUUAUAUUCAGAGCUCUCAUCUCCUAGGUUAGUAUAUUUUUUCAAAAAAAAAAAAAAGAAAAAAUUCAAGUACAAGUAAAAUUGGCAACUAAUCUUCAUCCUUGGUAGCUAUACCAAGCUCCCUCUUCUCGAUCAGCUAGGAUGAAGAGGGGCUUCCAUGGAUUUUUUAAAAGGAAAAAGCUUUCCUUUUUUUCUAUUUUGUUAAUGUCCACAACUAUCAUAUUAUUGUCAUGGGAGAGUCUUUCUGCACUUAUUCCCCCUUAUUCACAAAUGUUGCUUCCUUCAGAAUUUUUUUCAAGUUUGACGAAUGAAGAAGCAGAAGUUCUCUUUGAAGCAGGGGAUAUCCAUGGAGUACCCACUUUAGAAAAAGAAGAACAUAGUAGAACAAAUUCUAUCAUUGGCUUUCUAGAAAAUGGAUCUACAACAAAUAAUGAAGAUUGUAACUACGCAAAAGGAAAAUGGGUGAUCGACAACCAUAGACCUUUGUAUUCAGGAUUUGGUUGUAAACGAUGGUUGUCAGGAUCAUGGGCUUGUCGCUUAACGCAACGCACUGAUUUUGCAUAUGAAAACCUUCGAUGGCAACCAAAAGAUUGUGAAUUAGAGGAAUUUCAAGGAUCAAAAUUUCUUACAAGGAUGCAACACAAAACUUUGGCAUUUGUUGGAGACUCAUUAGGCCGUCAACAGUUUCAGUCCUUAAUGUGCAUGAUCACCGGUGGAGAGGAAAUGCAAGAUGUGGAAGAUGUUGGAAUAGAAUAUGGAUUAGUUAAACCUGAGGGUGGUACUCACCCCCAUGGUUAUGCAUACCGUUUCAUAACCACUAAUACUACCAUUCUAUACUAUUGGUCUUCAACUCUCUGUGAUACUCAACCUAUUGAUGCUACUGAUCCGGAAUCAGAUGUUGCAAUGCACCUUGACCAGCCUCCAGCAUUCUUGCAGAAAUAUCUUCACAAGAUACAUGUGCUAGUUCUCAACACAGGUCACCAUUGGAAUCGAGGAAAGCUGAAAGCUAAUCGUUGGGUAAUUCAUAUUAAUGGUGUGCGAAGCAGGGAGAAGGAGUUAGCAAUGAUUUGGCGCGCUAAGAAUUUCACUGUUCAUAGCGUGGUUAGUUGGGUGAAUUCAGAGAUUCCGAAAUAUAGAAAUUUGAAGGUGUUCUUUAGAAGCAUGUCUCCAAGGCAUUUUGUUGGUGGUGAUUGGGACACAGGAGGCAGUUGCAAUAAUACUACACCAAUGUCAGUGGGAAAGGAGAUAUUAGAAGAAGAGUGUAGCGAUUUAAGUGUUGCAAGUGCUGUGAAAGGGACUGCAGUUAAGCUCUUGGAUAUAACAGCUCUUUCUCAACUUAGAGACGAGGCUCAUUUAUCACGUUUUAGAAUGACACCUAAUCCUGCUGCUGUUCAAGAUUGUUUACACUGGUGUUUACCUGGUGUUCCUGAUACAUGGAAUGAAUUACUCUUUGCACAAAUCUAGUUUAAUUUGUUAUAUGCGGCAUUUAGUUUCGUCUUUAAUUUUUUGGAGGUCAUCCAAAUAUGAUGAGGUUUAUUUAUGUAAUCUUGGUAAAUAUAUAAAUUUUUUCUUUUUCAUGUA